AUGUCAUACAUCCAAGUUUAUGGGCGUUUUCGCCCUUCAGCGAGCUCUGGACAGGAUGCGGUCGAAAUUUUCGACAACAGUCGAGUUCACCUCCAGCAAUUGGGCAAGGAGCAGAAGAUAUUCGAGCUUCACCGAGUUUUUGGUAAAACAUCUACUCAAGAAGAGAUUUUCGAAGUCGCUGCUCGGAAAUUGGUGAGCGAAUCGGUGGAUGGAGUGAAUGCGACGAUUUUCGCGUAUGGCCAAACUGGAUCCGGAAAGACGCACACGAUGUUGGGGCCUGGAGAUGGAUGGUCGGAUGUGGACAUGAAAGGCUUGAUUCCAAGGUCAAUCGCAUGUCUUUUUGAAACGCUGGAACAGAAGACCAAGGUAACUUAUUUUGAAAUCUCUGUAGAUAAACCAAUAUUAAUUUUCAGGAAUCCCAAAAAUUCGAAUUCGCCGUUUCAGUUCAAUUCGUUGAACUCUACAACGAAACGAUUUUCGAUCUCUUGGAUACAAAUCAAAAGAAGAUAACACUUCGAGACACAGGAUCGGAUGUUCAAUUGGUUGGCGCAAUUUCGGAAGACGUCCAAAAUUGUCUCGAUUUGAUGCAUGUUAUCAAACAAGGUUGGCAAGCGAGAAAAACCGGGGAGACAGCUAUGAAUCGCGAUUCUUCGAGAUCUCAUGCUCUGAUUAUUGUUCGAAUCAAAACGGAAGAGUUGAUGGGAGCGAUGUCAAUCACCAGAUCAUCUACACUGAAUUUGGUUGAUUUGGCAGGAUCGGAGAGACAAUCGCACACAAAAGCAGCCGGAGAGCGAUUGAAAGAGGCGACACACAUCAAUGGUUCGCUUUCGGUGCUCGGAAGAGUUAUCCGAAUCCUUUCAUCACCUAAAAACUCCAAGGAAUUCGUUCCAUAUCGUGAAUCUUCGCUGACGCACAUAUUGAAGAAUUCGCUCGGUGGAAACUCGAAAACCGCUGUUAUUGUGAACAUGCACCCAGAUCGGAAAUUCCUUGCCGAAACUUCAUCAACACUUCAAUUUGCGGCAGCCUGCGCUAUGAUCAAAAAUCAUGUGUCGAAGAAUGAGAAGAUGUCGGGUGAAAGCGAGGCAGCAUUCAAAGAAGCGAUUCGACAACUGAAAUUGGAGAUCGAGGAAGUUGAGGAGAAGGUGAAAAGAGAAUACUCGCUGAAAUUGUCGAGUUGCGAGGAGGAGAAGAAGAAGCAGAACGAUUUGGCGAUUUCGUUGCGCACUGAACUCCAGGAAUUGCAGACGAAAUAUCGACUUUUGGUUCUGCAACAAAGCGCAGAUGUCGAUGAGAACUUGCCUAAAGAGAUCAUCGAUCGAUUAUUUGUGGAUUUGUCGAGAUCGGUUGAAGAAAUCGGGCAAGACAGAUUGGUGGAAAAGUUGCACACGGUGAGUUCCUUUUUUCAGUAGAAAAAACUGAAUAUAUGAAAAAGACUUCAAAAAUUGAUUUUUCAGAAGACUCUUGAAUGCGACGCCAAAUCUCGCGAAAUCGAACAACUUCGCGUAGAACUUGCCGAACAGCGAACCAACAUGACGCAAAUGCUCGAAGAAUCUCGCAUCUCAAGAACUCCGCAAACUAACCGCCGAAGAACUCGAAAUCCGCGCCGAGAGACGAUCUACGAACCAUCGCCGGCUAGAAGAAAGGUUUUCGAAGCGGAAGAAGAUCAACAAGUUCCAUCGCCUUCAACUUCUUCUUCCCAAAUCGAGCAAGAUUUGAUAACUUGUUUAUCCGAAAAAGAAGCUGUCGAAAGCGAUUUGGAGAAAACCAAAGCGAAUAUGGCGAAAAUGGCGGAGGAUUGGAUGGCGAAAGAACAAAGAUUCGCAGAAACUUUGGACAGUUUUGAAAAAGAGCGAUAUUCGCUGAAAGAGGACAUCGCCAAACGCAACGACGAUGUCGAAUUGUUGCAGGAGAAAUUGUCAAGAUCCUCCAAGAACAUCGACAAAUUGCUGAUUACUUGCAGCCAGAAAGACGCGCAAUUCGCGAAAUUAGCCGAGGAGAAGGAGAAAAAUGAGGCGGCAUUGAACGAGGAACUGAAUGGUUGGUUGAUUGUUUGAUUCUAAGAUUGUUUAUUAGGGACAAAUAGAGUUUUCUUGAUUUUUUUUACAAAAUGUUUCUAUUUUCAGAAAUGCUUCUUCAUUUCCAAGAAGAAAUCUCUCAACUCAAAAAGGACAAGGAGGAACUCGUCAAGAAAAACGCCGAAAAUCAACAUCUGGCCAAGGAUGACGCAGAAAAUCGUGAAAAGGUCGCGGAACUCGAGGUCGAGCUGGAAAAUGUCCGGAAAAAUACGGAGGAAACCGUAGCGAAGUUGAAGGAGGACAACUCGAAACUCCGAGCCGAUUAUGAGAAAAUGGAAAAGAAGGCGAAGAAGCUCGGCAGAGACAUCAAUGAAAUGGUAACCGAGCAAACCCGUCUACAAUGCCAACACGAUGAUUCGGUGCAGCAAGUGCAAAUCCUCAAAAAAUCCAACGAUGAUCUGAAGAAAUCGCUGUCUUCUCGAUUUGAACAACACGAAAAUGAGAUGCGGGAAACUGUGGCGAAGAAUUUGAGUGUUGUCAAAGAGAUGGAGGAGCGAUUGAGAAGAGAACGGGCGGAUCAUGAGGCAACACUUGCUGAAAAUGCGAAGAGAACCGCCAAUUCGAAUGCGGAAUUCGACAAAAAAAUGGCGCAAUUCAAAAAGUUAGUUUGUUCUUUAUUUAGAAGAGCAUUUAAAUCAGGGAACUGAAAUUAUGUUUUUCAAAUUUAUAAUUAGAAAUUUUCAACUCUUCCAUGAAUUAUGCAUACUUCAUUUUUAAAAUUUUCAACGAAACGAAACUGAAAAUCCUCUCAAUUAUUCCAGAACAUUUCGUGCCGCCCAAGAAGCCGAAAUUGCCCAAAAGGAGCAAGAAGUGAAAGCACUUGAGGAGGAAGUGGCCGCGCUGAAAUUGAGGAGUCAAGAAGAUUCGGAUACGCUCCAAGGAGUGAUGGGCCACGCAAAUCGCGAUCAAAAGGUGAGUAAAUUUCAGGGGUUUCUGGUUGAUAAUUGAAAUUUAACCGUUUUAAAUAUUUCUUCAAAAUUAGAAAAAAUUUUAGUAGGAGGCUUUUUGCUCACAGUUUCAUCAUAUUUCUCUAAUAAUCCAUUUUUUCCAGAUCGGAUACGUUUCCAAGCUCCGCAACAAAAUCACCGAACUGGAAGCCGACAAGGCAAAACUUCUUCGCGAAUUGGCGACUGCGAAUGAGGCGAGGCGCACAUUGAGACCGCGAAAUUAA